AUCUGGUAGAAACCAAUUUGGUUUUUCUUUGUUGGGCUGUAGUGCAUCCAGCAGUCUUGCAGGUCGGAUGCUCGCACUCGUUUCUUUUUUCGCGGUGCAGCAACCAGAGUGCAAAUACAAAUAGCAAGAGCGCUGCGUCGCCAGUCGGUGGGCCCGUCUCUGUGCCAGUAACACAUGCUCAGUUUUAGGUCCGCCCGUCGCCUGAAAGUCCGUGUAUCCGUCCGCUGGCUCUUGGUCUGGUAGUGGGACUGGUACUGGUUCGAGUAUUAGUAUCGUGCUCGGAGCUUUAGCUCUGUGGCCGCAACCAGUUUGCUGGCAUCGAUCGUCCUUUGCAGGUCGUGCAUGUCGCGUUGGCGUCUCGCGUGGUCCGCGUUUCGUGUUCCAAAUCGCAGUCUCAAACUGAAGUGAACAGAACUGGAGCGGAUUCGGGUCCAAAAUUCUGUGCGAUAGUUUUUUUUGCUAAACAAUGUCCGAAAAUAUCUCCAGAAUGCGUUGACCUACAGGAAACCAAACCGAAUCGCGAGUGCCAUGCUAAACAAAGUCGCUUGCAGCUACAGCUUUUACGGUUUAAGAUAACAAAUCAAUAAAUAAAAUAAAUAAAUUUUUACCGGCUCCACACUCUCACUCUCGGUCCACGAAGCACUCCCGACCUCCACGAUCACAGUCGAUCGUACUCCCCGUAUCUCAUCAAGUGCUCCGAGUGCUAGUGCUAUUUUCUCUCACUUUGCUUGCAUAACCAAGAGCAAAACAUAUUGCGCGAAGGCAGGUCGCAGAUGCAGAUACAGAUACAGAUACUGCUAGUAGUAUAGUAGUGGAUCCGGAGAAACUUAGCGAUUGCAUGCAGUUGGCAUUGUACCCGGUGCUUCUAACAUCAAAAUAAUAGAAAAGCUGCAAAAAUUUAAAAGUGAGACCUAAAGUCUAAAUAUUUCCCAAUACUCUUCAGACUUACCUAAUACCUAAACUUACCAAUAAUUCAUGCACGAUUAUAUUGCAAUACUACUACAUAAUCUUUAAUAACGUAAGUCAAAUUGAAAUAAAAUUAAAUAAUUUGAAGACCCAGUGAAUUAAACAGCAAAAGACAGAUAAUAGCCACAGAAAAUGCUUAUAAAAAUAGCCUAAAGCACGGUAAAAUAAACUUAGACGCUAGAACAUUUACAUAGGAUAUCAGAAGCUGGAAACAUGGUUUCGGAGGAGAACUGGAAUAGCGACACGAUGUCCGACUCGGACAUGAUCGACUCAAAGAACGACGUCUGUGGAGGAGCCUCCAGUUCCAGCGGCAGCUCGAUUUCGCCGAGGACGCCACCCAACUGCGCCCGCUGCCGCAAUCAUGGCCUAAAGAUUACCCUCAAGGGACACAAGCGGUACUGCAAGUUCCGCUACUGCACGUGCGAGAAGUGCCGGCUGACGGCGGACCGCCAGCGGGUGAUGGCUCUGCAAACGGCCUUGAGGCGAGCCCAGGCGCAGGACGAGCAGCGGGCGCUGCACAUGCACGAGGUGCCGCCUGCCAAUCCGGCGGCCACAACUUUGCUGAGUCAUCACCAUCAUGUCGCAGCUCCCGCCCAUGUCCACGCCCACCAUGUGCAUGCCCAUCACGCACACGGACACCACUCGCAUCACGGACAUGUCCUGCACCACCAGCAGGCAGCGGCGGCCGCAGCAGCAGCUCCGUCGGCUCCAGCCUCCCAUCUUGGCGGGUCCUCCACGGCCGCCACCAGCCUCCACGGUCACGCCCACGCACACCACGUCCACAUGGCAGCCGCUGCAGCCGCCUCGGUGGCUCAACACCAGCACCAAAGCCACCCACACCCACACUCGCACCACCACCACCACCAGAACCACCACCAGCAUCCGCAUCAGCAACCGGCCACGCAGACCGCCCUGCGAUCUCCGCCGCACAGCGACCACGGCGGCAGUGUGGGUCCGGCCAGUAGCAGCUCCGGCGGUGGAGCACCCAGUUCCAGCAAUGCGGUAGCGGCCACCUCGAGCAGCGGAUCCAGCAGUGGAGGAGGAGGAGGCGGAGGGGGCAGUUCGGGAGGCGGAGCAGCAGGUGGUAGGUCCUCGGGGACAUCGGUGAUCACUACCGCCGAACAUCACAUGACCACGGUGCCUACGCCCGCACAAUCGCUGGAGGGGUCCUGCGACUCGUCAUCGCCCUCGCCGUCGUCCACUUCCGGUGCCGCCAUUUUGCCGAUCUCAGUUUCCGUCAAUCGCAAGAACGGCGCCAAUGUGCCCUUGGGCCAAGACGUUUUCCUAGACUAUUGCCAAAAGCUAUUAGAAAAAUUCCGCUAUCCUUGGGAGCUGAUGCCGCUCAUGUAUGUGAUAUUGAAGGACGCAGACGCCAACAUUGAAGAGGCUUCCCGGCGAAUCGAAGAGGGCCAAUACGUUGUGAAUGAGUACUCCCGUCAGCAUAAUUUGAAUAUCUAUGACGGGGGUGAGCUGCGCAACACAACGCGGCAAUGUGGAUGAUAAUUUUUCAUUAACUAGAGUAACAUGUACUACUUUGCCCCGAUAUUUAUUGUUCAGCAUCACAUAUUAACUUAUCACAAUGCUUUGGUGAAAUCGCGCGAAUUUAACUUUCGUAACUUAGAGUUGAGUAACUUAGCGUUUUAUGGAGCAGAACCUCUGUAAAUAAAUCGAAUUUAUCGGUAAACUAAAGCGCGUCUCGGACUAUCUUCAAUCAACAAGCCAAAAAUGUGACCGAUGUGUGACCGCCGCUUUCUUCAAUCAACAUUACCCUGUGCUGAGAUGUCUGGCCGCCAAUUAUUAUCUACAAUCAACAUUCUCUUCUCUUCAAUCAACAAUCAACAAUCCCCCAACGGAUCUAAUCAGCAUGCAACAGAGCCCUUGCCGCCAACGAAUAAUAUAAUCAAAGGAUAACAUUACUAAGCGUUUUCAAAAUUUAUCGAAUACCACGCCAAAUCAACGAUCAACAUUUCAACACGUUCGCAUCGCACAUCGGCUGUAUAGCUUUAGUUUAACCUUAUUUAAGUUUGGCAUUACUCAGUUUAUUGGGCUAAUCACGGUCUAAUUGAAGCCAUUGAAAGCGCCUUACUUCAGUCAUUUAUGCUUUUAUUGUUUACUUAAGUACUUAACUGAAUCUAAGUACAAAUAAUGUUUCUUUCGUAAGCUGCACUAAAUUGAUCAACAAAAGGGAUCGAGGAGAAAACUAAGAUAUACACUCAUCAAAUAGGCUUACAAGCUAAUCUCAAAUAUCUUCUCUGCGUGUAAAUUUGUAUCUUAGCAAGGUACUUGCAUAGGCAUAGUAACCCUUGAAGAAAUGAUCACUAUGUUCCGGGGGUCUGGGUAUCAAAACUGUUGUGAGAUAGUGCACAAAUUAUAAAUAUAUUUAGGUUAAUUUCAUCGAUGUCUUACGAAACUCUAAUUGUAAUAUUUAAUUACACGAAAAUUCUCAUUGACAUUGUAAAAUAUUGUUACGACCUUAAGAUUUAGCCCAACGGAAUAUUAUAAAAAGGAUAAACCUGAAAUGUCAGAAAUAAACUAUUUUCCUUAAACAAAA